GCAAGGGCGCGAAGGCCCGUUCAACGCUGCUUGCAGCUUUAAUUAUUAUUACAACUCUUUGACCUCAAAUAACUUCUACAAACGUGUGCCAAAACUCACGAAAAUUGGCGUGCGCAUCAGUUCUGGUGAAAAUUUCAGAUUUUAUGGGUCUCCCAAAAAAUGCGGGGAAAAAUGGCUCGACAGCGCCACCUAGAAAAUUAAGAAAAGCGAGCCCCAUGAUACAGAUCGUCGUAGAACAAUGUAAUUUGGUGUGCGUAUAUAUCAUGACCAGACGCACCAAAAACUCUCUUGGAGCCAUACCCUAAAUCCAACAGGAAGUUGGCCAUUUUGGUUCAAAUUUGUGAUUUUCACACCAAUUUUGCCGUUUUUAGCCCGCGUACUUUAACGAACUCCUCCUAGGGAUUUGACCUCCGCAACAUCAUAUUCGGUCAGUAUCAUCUACAGACCUGGGAGAUGAAAAGUUAUCAAAACGUCAUGUCAGAGGAAGGAGAGUUGACCUACAGUGAAGCGAUUCAGAAGGCCAGUGACUCCAUCACUCGCUUCCCUCUCAUCCCAGUCAGAGAGAUUCCUCUCAUGAGCCACAUUGCCAACAACUGGGACUCUAUCUGGGCUUUCCGUCCUGACCCCUCAGACCUCCUCAUUGCCACCUACCCUAAAUCAGGGACAACGUGGAUGCAGGAGAUAGUUGAUCUGCUCUUUCACAACGGAGAUGCAGAAGUCUGCAGACGAGCCCCCACACCAGUACGCAGUCCUUUCCUAGAGAUCUGCUCCCCACCACCCAUCCCCUCAGGUCUUGAUCUUCUGAAGAAAAUGGAUCCCCCAAGAGUUAUCAAGACACAUCUUCAUUUUCAGCUUGUGCCUCCUGGGUUUUGGGAAAACAAGUGCAAGGCUAUCUACGUGGCACGCAAUGCCAAAGACAACCUGGUGAGCUACUACCACUUUGACCGUAUGAAUCUGGCCCAGCCUGAGCCCGGGCCCUGGGAGGGAUACAUCCACAAGUUCAUGCGAGGGGAAUUGUCGUGGGGCUCUUGGUAUGACCAUGUGAAAGGUUACUGGAUGGAGAAAGAGAAGAGGAACAUUCUUUACCUCUUCUAUGAAGACAUGAAAGAGAAUCCUCGGUGUGAAGUGGAGCGCAUCAUGAGGUACCUGGACUUAUCGCUCCAUGAUGAGGUCAUCACUCGUAUUGUGGAGCUUACAUCAUUUAAGAACAUGAAGGAGAACCCGAUGGCCAACUACUCCUGCAUCCCAGCAGCUGUUUUUGAUCAAACCAUCUCUCCCUUCAUGAGAAAAGGUGAAGUUGGCGAUUGGAUGAACCAUUUCACACCUGAGCAGUCUAAGGUGUUUGAUGAAGAUUAUGAAAAGCAAAUGAAGGACAUCAGCAUACCAUUCAGGACCCUUCUCUAAUUGAUUCCUGGGUUUUCCAAAUUGAUGCAGCUCUGCAAAUCAAAGACGAAUGCGCUGAUACUGUGCAGCACUCAAAUGGCAGAAAUUUGACACUAGCUGAAAACCAAAAACAAUGAAUAAAAAGAAAAAAAUGUUUGAUUCACUUCUCAAGCCUGGAUCUUAAACACUGCACCUCCUAAUGUAUAGAUACAGAGGAAAUGUAUGUUUUAAGGAUCAAUAAAAAUGUGCUCCACAAUG